AUGGUCCAUAUCUCAAAAAUGUUACCCACUCUUCAACUCUACCUUUCUUAUCUUGGCAUGACUUUACUGUGCAGCUUCUUAGAACAUAGCAGCUACCUCAGAAGUUGGAGGCAAGGUCAUGUAGCUGCACUGUGUUCAGCAUGGGCCUUGGACCCACACCGCUGGCUAAAUCCAUGGAAAAAGGGCAGGGGAAGGUUACAGGGAGAGUGUUUUUCUUCAGAAGGAAGGCAUCUGAAAAGGCCUGCAAGCAUUUAGGUGGGAGUGCAAGGGCAGUGCGGAAUAUUUCAGGCUAAACUAUGUGGGAUGGAUUCUAAAGGGCUCAAAAAGUGAAAACCCAGAGAGGCUUUCUGACAUGGGAAAACUGGGUGUUGUAGCCAGGUAUAUAGAGAGAAAGAGUGGUGAAAUGAGAAAAUGAAUUAGAAAAAAUGGUGUGAAUAAAUGCUGGUGGAAGCAUGCAACGCUUAUCUGGAUGGACUUCACAGGAAGAAACGUAACUAGUUGGUGGUGUGAAGUUGAUGGAUUGGGUGUUAUUUUAACUGGACAGAUAGAAAUGAGAUGCAAUUAUGGAUGAAAUGUUAUUCUUUUACAUUGCUGCUAAAGCAGGUGUAAUGGUAGGUAGUCUGUGGCCGUAUCUGCAUUAGGAAGCUGCUUUUCCUGUUUUUCAAGGGGGCAAAAAUAGGUCAGUCGUGGUAUAACUUCAGUGUGUACUAUGUAGAAGCACAUACACUGCUCUGCUCUAAUCGGGAUGGAAGGAGUUUCCAGUAAAAAUGUAUGUGACUGUGCUGGAGGUUGUUGCUCGGUACUGCAGAAAAAGAAGUAGGAUCUAUGUGGGCUUUUGUCAUCAGCACACCCUCAGAAUAUAUUUCUCAUUACAUGCUGCCUGAAGGCACCUGGGAAUUUUGCCACAUGGAUCCAAGGCUUGUAUGCUGUGAAUGUUAUUGUUUCCCUUGUUGGUGGGUUGAGCACCUUUCAGUUGUAAAGGAAAGCACAGUCAAAGCAGUUUUCAUUGCAGUGAACAAUAUACAGAUGAAGUUGUAAAGAAUGGAUGCAGUACAAAAGCAGUGUGGAUGUACUAGCACAAACCGUAACCGCCAACGCAAGAGUUGAAGAAUUGGUGGAGAAUAAGCUGCAAAAAGGCUUAUAGCAGAAAUUUGACCAUGAUGGUUGCUAAAGCCUUGAUGAAAUCUAAUCCAAUGUGUUCUUCUUAUCUCUGUUUUCACUUGUGGUCUUCCAGGCUGCUGCUGGGUGCUCCUGAGGGUUUUAAUACAGGAACUUGAACUGGGUCCAGGCACUCUCUGUGAAUCAGGAUUCGUGAACUUUUGCGCUGGGUACAGGUUGUCUAUUGCUUCCAGGGAUGAACGAGUGCUGGAACCUGUGUUUUAACUGCCUAUUGCUCAUGUCUGGUAUUUACUCUGCAGAUUCAUCAUGUGGAUUAAGUGCAAGCUUUUCCUGGUACUUCAGUGAAGAAUUAAUUAUUGAGUAUAUGGCUUAUAACACAUUGCUUUGAAAACUGUACGUUAACUUUGAGACAGGGAUUUAUCCCAGCCUCUUGCAUGAUUGAGAUAUUUUUUGAACAACAACUUUAGACUUGAGUGAUGUACCUGCAGAACACCUUGAAAGGCAAAGCAUCAUCACACUGAGUCCCAAGAGCAUACACUCAGGGAGGGAGGAGGCAAUUACUAGCCUUGAAAUAUUUGAAAAAGGUAUACAGCAUGGCCCAAACAGAGAAGAAAGGUGGACUGCUCCGGAAAUCUUCAGCCUCCAAGAAGCCAUUGAAAGAGAAAGUUGUGUUGAUGUAUGAUGAGAUUUUUACGACAGAGGACCCCAGUAAAUGCAACCCUCGGUUUUGGGAGGAGCUAUUUCUCAUGAAGGUCAACCUGGAGUAUCUGGAAGGCAAGCUGGAGGCUUUGGAUGGGGAAGAGUUAAUGAAGAUAAAAGAUAACAUCAACUGCUUGUUUCAGCACUGCAUCCAGGCCCUGGGUGAGGAGCACCCAAUCAGAGUGGUCAAUGCAUUACAGACUUUGUGUGCAUUAAUUCGGGGUGUCCAUCAGAAGAACAAAUCCACUUCUGGCUUUGACAUCAUCAACAUGCUUGUGGGUUUUGAUAAGGCAGAGCUAUGUAUGAAGAAUCUGAUGGAGAGCUUGGACUCACUCCUUUGUGCUGAAGGUUCUGAAAGUCUCAAAAGCUUGUGUCUGAAGCUACUUCUCUGCUUGGUGACUGUGACGGAUAACAUUAGUCAGAACACCAUCCUGGAGUAUGUGAUGAUUAACAGCAUAUUUGAAGCUAUUUUACAGAUCCUGUCCAGCCCACUGAGUCGCAGGGAACAUGGCUAUGAUGCUGUUGUCCUUCUGGCCUUGCUGGUCAACUACAGAAAGUAUGAGUCAGUGAAUCCCUACAUUGUGAAGCUCUCCAUCGUGGAUGAUGAGGCCACGCUCAAUGGAAUGGGACUUGUAAUUGCCCAGGCUUUAUCGGAAUAUAACAGGCAAUACAAAGAUAAGGAAGAGGAACAUCAGACUGGUUUCUUCUCAGCCCUAACUAAUAUGGUGGGCAGCAUGUUCAUAGCAGAUGCUGAUGAGAAGAUCUCGGUCCAAACGAAUGAAGCAAUCCUUCUGGCCCUCUAUGAAGCUGUUCACUUAAACCGGAAUUUCAUCACAGUUCUGGCACAGAGCCAUCCUGAAAUGGGCCUGAUGACAACACCAACAAGCCCAAUUCCAAUGACACCCGUCACUCCACUUGGAACCACCCCGCCUUCUUCAGAUGUUAUAAGCUCUGCAGAGCUACCUUUGGAUGCUGAUGUGCAAACCAGCAACCUGCUGAUAACCUUCUUGAAGUACAGCUCGAUUGUGAUGCAGGACACAAAAGAUGAGCACCGGCUGCACAGUGGCAAGCUGUGCCUCAUCAUCCUGACAUGCAUAGCAGAGGAUCAGUAUGCUAAUGCUUUUCUUCAUGAUGACAACAUGAAUUUUCGUGUAAACCUACAUAGAAUGCCGAUGAGACAUCGUAAGAAAGCAGCAGACAAGAACCUGCCCUGCCGCCCGCUGGUGUGUGCAGUGCUCGAUUUGAUGGUGGAAUUCAUUGUAACACACAUGAUGAAAGAAUUUCCUAUGGAUCUCUACGUACGGUGCAUUCAGAUUGUGCACAAGCUGCUGUGCUACCAGAAGAAAUGCAGAGUGAGACUUCAUUACACCUGGAGGGAGCUCUGGUCAGCCUUGAUCAACUUGUUAAAGUUCCUCAUGUCUAAUGAGACUGUGUUGCUGGCCAAGCACAACAUCUUCACCCUUGCUCUUAUGGUUGUGAACCUAUUCAACAUGUUCAUCACUUACGGAGACACCUUCCUCCCCACUCCCAGCAGCUAUGAUGAGCUGUAUUAUGAAAUCAUUCGGAUGCAUCAGAAUUUUGACAACCUUUAUUCCAUGGUUCUAAGGCUGUCUACCAAUGCUGGUCAGUGGAAAGAGCCUGCAAGCAAGGUGACCCAUGCAUUAGUCAAUAUUAGAGCCAUCAUCAAUCACUUCAACCCGAAGAUCGAGUCUUACGCUGCAGUGAAUCACAUAUCACAGCUCUCCGAGGAUCAGGUUUUGGAAGUGGUGCGGUCCAACUACGACACGCUGACCCUGAAACUGCAGGACGGACUGGACCAGUAUGAGCGCUACUCAGAGCAGCAUAAAGAGGCUGCUUUCUUCAAAGAGCUGGUUCGGUCCAUCAGCAUCAAUGUGAGGAAGAACCUUGCUUUCAACACGCUGAGCCAGGAACUGCUGCUGAAGGAAUUCUCUACAAUCUCCUGAGGCGGGGAUGCUGCCGCUGCGCCGGGCAGAGAUGGGCCUGUGUGGGCAGGGACACUACAGCUCUGCAGCCAGUCCCCCCCUGCCUUCCACCUGCAGAAGGGAUUGUGUUUCUUUUAGGAGAAAGCCUUGCUGCUGUGUGUUUGAUCCCAAUGGAAUGUGUUUCAACAGAA